AUGGAUCACAACCACAGCAAAAGGACCAUUCAUGCUCCUCAUCGCUCCAGCAAAGAUACAGUAUGCAGCAACCCGCACUCACUGGAACACGGCUGCAAGCCUCUCAUGCUGCAUGUUCACUUCGUCGAUCACGUUACGAAAGGCCUCGUCCUACGGUAG